UCCUGCAUUGAGGAUAACAGCAAAAAUGGCAACCAGCGAUAAUACAGAGAAUGUUUCUGUAGCGCAAAACAGUCUGUGCCACAACGAUGGGUACGACAAAAAAUGCAUUUUCUGUAAGAUAAUCAACAGAGAGAUUGACUCCGAACUGCUGCAUAAUGAUGAGGAGAUCUCUUGCUUCAGAGACAUUAAACCUGGAGCUCCUCAUCACUAUCUAGUGGUGCCCACAAGACACGUGGGAAACUGCAAGUCACUUCGAAAGGAGCAUGUGCCUCUCGUGGAGAAGAUGGUAGAGAUGGGAAAGAUGAUGCUGGAGAAAAAUGGCAUUACAGAUCUAGAUGACAUCAGGUUGGGGUUUCACUGGCCUCCUUUUUGCUCUGUUACACACCUGCACCUGCAUGUAUUGGCCCCUGUUAGUCAGAUGGGCCUCAUGUCCAGGGUUUUUUACAGAUUGGAUUCCUAUUGGUUCAUCACGGCUGACCAGCUGAUCCAGCGACUGAACUCACAAAGUGAGACCAGCUGAGACGAGACCCAGUUCACUGAGACAGAGCCAGGACGGUCAGCUGGAACUGCACGGGUCAAUGCAAGAAUUACUAAUGACACCUGUUCAAUAUACCCUAGGCCCAGAUUCUUAUUUACACUUGUUAAGUGUAUUUGCCAUUCACAUUAUUAAUGACACCCAUUAAAUAUUCUGUGAGCUUUGUCUUGGGCACAAAGACUUUUUUUUCCGAUUUGGCUCCGUACUUUGUACUCCACAAUACGAUUUGUAAUCAAAAUACCUUCCCUACGUAAGUGAUUGAAUGUACCUGACUAAUCAGAAACACCUGUGAUGCCAUUUGUCCCAAAUGUAAUGGUACCCUGAAAUCGAGGGACUGUGUAUAAAAAGUGCUGCUGUAAUUUAUACAUUGUGAAACCAAAAUCUAUAAAAAUACUCUUUAAUGAAAGUUGAAAAUCUGUACUGUAACCCCAUGUGAAUACAUUGUGGAGUACAGAGACAAAUUAAAAAAUGUAAAAACUAAAAUCACACUACUUGAAGCAGAUUAAUAUCUAAUAUAUUAAUAUUAGAUAUUAAUAUAUACGAAGUUGUAAACAAUGUUGUGCUAUUUCGAUGAGCCCUGAUGCUAAUCAAAUCUGUUUGUAUCAUCUUUGCCCAUCUAUCAAAAGGGUUGAGAAGUUAUUGUUUUUUUUUUUUUUUAUAAACAUACAACACUAGUAUGUUUUUUCUAAAUUAUUCUUAUUUUUCAAUCAACAAAGAUGUUUCAGGUAUCUAAUAACAGUGCAAAGGGGAAUGUGGUGUUUCAUAGUUUUGUAUAUCUGAUAAUGGGGCGACAUGGCUCAGGCAGUAAGAGCAGUCAUCUGGCAGUCGGAGGGUUGCCGGUUCGAUCCCCUGCCCGGGCUGUGUCAAAGUGUCCCUGAGCAAGACACCUAACCCCCAAAUGCUCCUGAAGAGCUGGUCGGCGCCUUGCAUGGCAGCCAAUCGCCGUUGGUGUGUGAGUGUGUGUAUGAAUGGGUGAAUGAGAAGCAUCAAUUGUACAGCGCUUUGGAUAAAGGCGCUAUAUAAAUGCCAACCAUUUACCAUGAUAAAAAUAUACAGUAUAGCCAAGCAAGUAACUUUGAAAUAAUUUUAAUAUGUUGGCUAUUUGCAAAAUUGGCACAACAGUGCAGCAUUUUUUACAAAUGCCAAAAGUUUUAUCUUGUUUAAUUCUGUCCAGGACUAUCCAUCAUACAAACAACUGUUAAAUCAGUCAUCCAAGGCAGGGAUCGUCAAAGCACGGUCCUCCAGGGCCAGAACUGAUUUUCCACCCUCCCUGUACCUGGGAGUCAGGUGUGAAGACAGUCUGGCACUCAGUAGCCCUAACUGUUCAGUAUUAUCCUUGAAAAAAGAAAACCAGGGCUGGAUUGGGUUCGAGGGCCAGAUUUGACCAUCCCAGAUCCAGGGUAGAUCCAGGGCAUAAUAAAUGCAUGAAAGUUGUGGAAUGAUGUCAAAUGAGCUGUUAGCUGUAUAUAACAGUUACGGGUAAUAUGCAUGACUGCCUCAUGUAAAAUGGUUUUAAUGUAAUGUGAAAAUAGUUGUAAAAUGAUUUCAUGUUCAUGUAUUUAUAUAGAGGAAGGUGAUUUUCUGGUCUUGAAAUAUAUUUAAUUUUGCAAUAUCAUUAGGUUGUCUCUUAUUUUUUCAUCCAGCUGAGGGCAACAAUUGUAUUUCUGGGGCAAAAAUUUAAGCUUGAAUAAAUGAAGAUUAUGAAUGUA